GGGGAAUUUCGUCCCAAAUAAAAGGAAUGAAGUCUGGCUCCGGAGGAGGGUCCCCGACCUCGCUGUGGGGGCUCCUGUUUUUCUCCGCCGCGCUCUCGCUCUGGCCGACGAGUGGAGAAAUCUGCGGGCCGGGCAUCGACAUCCGCAACGACUAUCAGCAGCUGAAGCGUCUGGAGAACUGCACGGUGAUCGAGGGCUACCUCCAUAUCCUGCUCAUCUCCAAGGCAGAGGACUACCGCAGCUACCGCUUCCCCAAGCUCACGGUCAUCACCGAGUACCUGCUGCUGUUCCGCGUGGCCGGCCUGGAGAGCCUCGGGGACCUCUUCCCGAACCUCACAGUCAUCCGCGGCUGGAAGCUCUUCUACAACUACGCCCUGGUCAUCUUUGAGAUGACCAAUCUCAAGGAUAUUGGGCUUUACAAUCUGAGGAACAUUACUCGGGGGGCCAUCAGGAUUGAGAAGAAUGCCGACCUCUGUUACCUCUCCACGGUGGACUGGUCCCUGAUCCUGGAUGCCGUGUCCAAUAACUACAUCGUGGGCAACAAACCCCCAAAGGAAUGCGGGGACCUGUGUCCGGGGACAAUGGAGGAGAAGCCCUUGUGUGAGAAGACAACCAUCAACAACGAGUACAACUAUCGUUGCUGGACUACAAACCGUUGCCAGAAAAUGUGCCCGAGCGCGUGCGGGAAGCGGGCGUGCACCGAGAACAACGAGUGCUGUCACCCCGAGUGUCUGGGCAGCUGCAGUGCGCCCGACAACGACACGGCCUGCGUGGCGUGCAGGCAUUACUACUAUGCCGGCGUCUGCGUGCCCACCUGCCCGCCCAACACCUACCGCUUCGAGGGCUGGCGUUGCGUGGACCGCGACUUCUGCGCCAACAUACCCAGCGCCGAGAGCAGCGACUCCGAGGGGUUUGUGAUCCACGACGGCGAGUGCAUGCAGGAGUGCCCCUCGGGGUUCAUCCGGAACGGCAGUCAGAGCAUGUACUGCAUCCCUUGUGAAGGUCCUUGCCCCAAGGUCUGUGAGGAAGAAAAGAAAACAAAGACCAUUGAUUCUGUUACCUCUGCUCAAAUGCUCCAAGGAUGCACCAUCUUCAAGGGCAAUUUGCUCAUUAAUAUCCGCCGAGGCAAUAACAUUGCCUCAGAACUGGAGAACUUCAUGGGGCUCAUCGAGGUGGUGACAGGCUACGUGAAGAUCCGCCAUUCCCAUGCCUUGGUCUCCUUGUCCUUCCUAAAAAACCUUCGCCAGAUCUUAGGAGAGGAGCAGCUAGAAGGGAACUACUCCUUCUAUGUCCUCGACAACCAGAACUUGCAGCAGCUGUGGGACUGGGACCACCGCAACCUGACCAUCAAAGCUGGGAAAAUGUACUUUGCUUUCAAUCCCAAAUUGUGCGUCUCCGAGAUUUACCGCAUGGAGGAAGUGACAGGGACUAAGGGGCGCCAGAGCAAAGGGGACAUAAACACCAGGAACAACGGAGAGCGAGCCUCCUGUGAAAGUGACGUCCUGCAUUUCACCUCUACAACCACGUGGAAGAAUCGCAUCAUCAUAACGUGGCACCGUUACCGGCCCCCUGACUACAGGGACCUCAUCAGCUUCACUGUCUACUACAAGGAAGCACCUUUUAAAAAUGUCACGGAGUAUGAUGGACAGGAUGCCUGCGGCUCCAACAGCUGGAACAUGGUGGAUGUGGACCUCCCUCCCAACAAAGACGUCGAGCCUGGCAUUCUGCUGCACGGACUGAAGCCCUGGACGCAGUAUGCUGUGUAUGUCAAGGCGGUGACCCUCACCAUGGUGGAGAACGACCACAUCCGUGGGGCCAAAAGUGAAAUCUUGUACAUUCGCACCAAUGCUUCAGUCCCUUCCAUUCCCCUGGACGUUCUUUCCGCGUCCAACUCCUCUUCUCAGCUCAUUGUGAAGUGGAACCCGCCCUCCCUGCCCAACGGCAACCUCAGUUACUACAUCGUGAGAUGGCAGCGGCAGCCUCAGGACAGCUACCUUUACCGGCACAACUACUGCUCCAAAGACAAAAUCCCCAUCAGGAAGUAUGCCGACGGCACCAUCGACGUGGAAGAGGUGACGGAGAAUCCCAAGACCGAGGUGUGUGGCGGAGAGAAGGGGCCUUGUUGCGCCUGCCCCAAAACCGAGGCCGAGAAGCAGGCCGAGAAGGAGGAGGCCGAGUACCGAAAAGUCUUCGAGAACUUUCUGCACAACUCCAUCUUUGUGCCCAGACCUGAAAGGAAGCGGAGAGACGUCACACAAGUCACUAACACCACCAUGUCUAGCCGAAGCAGGAACACCACGGUGGCAGAUACCUAUAAUAUCACAGACCCAGAAGAGCUCGAGACAGAAUACCCUUUCUUUGAGAGCAGAGUGGAUAACAAGGAGAGAACUGUAAUCUCUAACCUCCGGCCUUUUACUUUGUACCGCAUUGACAUCCACAGCUGUAACCACGAGGCUGAGAAGCUGGGCUGCAGCGCCUCCAACUUUGUUUUUGCAAGAACCAUGCCUGCAGAAGGAGCAGAUGACAUUCCUGGGCCGGUGACCUGGGAGUCGAGGCCUGAAAACUCCAUCUUUCUAAAGUGGCCGGAACCUGAGAAUCCCAACGGAUUGAUUCUAAUGUAUGAAAUAAAAUAUGGAUCACAGAUCGAGGAUCAGCGGGAAUGUGUAUCGAGACAGGAGUACAGGAAGUAUGGAGGCGCCAAGCUUAACCGGCUCAACCCCGGGAACUAUACGGCCCGGAUCCAGGCCACCUCUCUCUCUGGGAAUGGGUCCUGGACGGAUCCUGUGUUCUUCUACGUCCCAGCCAAAAUAACGUAUGAAAACUUCAUCCAUCUGAUCAUCGCUCUGCCUGUUGCUGUCCUGUUGAUAGUGGGAGGGCUGGUUAUAAUGUUGUAUGUCUUCCACAGGAAAAGAAAUAACAGCAGGCUGGGGAAUGGAGUGCUGUACGCUUCCGUGAACCCAGAGUACUUCAGCGCCGCCGACGUGUACGUACCUGACGAGUGGGAAGUUGCUCGAGAGAAGAUCACCAUGAGCCGAGAGCUGGGGCAGGGCUCAUUUGGGAUGGUAUACGAAGGAGUUGCCAAAGGCGUGGUUAAAGAUGAGCCCGAAACCAGGGUGGCCAUUAAAACAGUGAACGAGGCCGCGAGCAUGCGUGAAAGGAUUGAAUUUCUCAAUGAGGCUUCAGUGAUGAAGGAGUUCAAUUGUCACCAUGUGGUGCGGUUGCUGGGCGUAGUGUCCCAGGGCCAGCCGACGCUGGUCAUCAUGGAACUGAUGACACGGGGGGAUCUCAAAAGCUAUCUCAGGUCUCUGAGGCCAGAAAUAGAGAAUAAUCCAGUCCUAGCACCUCCAAGCCUAAGCAAGAUGAUCCAGAUGGCUGGGGAGAUUGCAGAUGGCAUGGCAUACCUCAACGCCAACAAGUUUGUCCACAGAGACCUUGCUGCCCGGAACUGCAUGGUGGCCGAAGAUUUCACAGUCAAAAUCGGAGAUUUUGGUAUGACGAGAGACAUCUACGAGACAGACUAUUACCGGAAAGGAGGAAAGGGGUUGCUGCCUGUGCGCUGGAUGUCCCCCGAGUCUCUCAAGGAUGGAGUCUUCACUACUCACUCCGACGUCUGGUCCUUCGGCGUCGUGCUCUGGGAGAUCGCCACGCUGGCCGAGCAGCCCUACCAGGGCUUGUCCAACGAGCAGGUCCUUCGCUUCGUUAUGGAGGGCGGCCUUCUGGACAAGCCGGACAACUGCCCUGACAUGCUGUUUGAACUGAUGCGCAUGUGCUGGCAGUACAACCCCAAGAUGAGGCCUUCCUUCCUGGAGAUCAUCAGCAGCAUCAAGGACGAGAUGGAGCCCGGCUUCCGGGAGGUCUCCUUCUACUACAGCGAGGAGAACAAGCCGCCCGAGCCCGAGGAGCUGGACCUAGAACCUGAAAAUCCCCAGGCGGUCUGCCGGCCCGAGGGCCCUGGUCGGGGCGAGCACUGCUGCAGUGGCCGGGGAGCCCUGUGUUCACUCCCAGGGGACCAGAGCCCUGGCGCUGGCUCGCUUUUCCUUGGCCAGGAAUCCAAGUCCUCGGGGCCCGGGGGUCUUGUUUUGUUUAGUUCUUAG